AUGGCUUCCAUCUCCCUUCCUGCCCCGGUGCCAGCGUUGUCACCAUUCGAUUCGACGCCCGGUUCUCCUCCGCGAUCGCCUCAAGCUCACAGACGACGACCUUCUCGAAACCCAAAUGCGCUUUCUCCUCUACCGAUCUUCUCCUUCAACCCCGGCGCGGAUGAGAACAUUGCAGGUUUAGAAGGGAUGGAUUCGCCUACCCAGCGUGCUAGCGGCAUGGCGGGUGAUGUCGGCCGUCGCUGUGCUAAGCCGCCUCCGCUCCCUGACUUCAGGUUCAACCCAGGCGCCAAUCUACCGCCCGAAAGAGGUCCAAGUCCCACUCAUCCCGUUCUUCAAGAGAUGGCCCUGAACAAGCAGCGUGCUGUUCGUUCGGCUAAACCCGCCCCCUUGCCCGCUUUUACGUUUGCUCCGAACUCGACACCUUCGCAAACAUCUCCCAGUCCAACGAAAGCAAGCUUUAUUGACACGCAACAACCUUCUCGUGGUGGUCAUCGAAGAGGUGGAAGUGAGUUUGUAGGUGGAGGUGGGACUGAUGGACCCCAGCUGGUCAGCACAAGUCCUGAGAAGCCGGAGUAUCGUCCGCACCCUCCGAUGUCUGGAGUGAGGGGGCACGCCCAUCGUCGCUCGCAGGCCGUCUCAAUAUCUGACAUCGAUACGUCUGAGCUGAUCAAAGCAAAUGCUGUGGCCAAGGCGCGUGCGGGUUCGACACCAACCACUCCAUCCGACAGUGCACAGACAUUUACAUUCUCUCGUGCUAGUCCGAUGACACGACAGUCAAUGUCAAGUGUGGUCAAGACACCUCCUUCUUCUCCUCGCCGCAGAGGCAGCCUCCCAGGAGUCAGACCUCGCGUGGGCUUUUCUGACCAUGUCGAUGUCAUACCCAGACCAUUGUCCAUGAUAUCUUCCGAGACCGAAGGUAGUAACUCAACUGUUCGGGGAGGGCAUUCCUUGUCUGGCAGCAUCAAUUCGAUCGCCAGUCCUGUACCGCGUCCGACAUUCGUUGUCAGCCCGUCACAUGACACGACGAGUUCGCCGGAGAGACCGCAAACAGCAGAUGCGCUUUCUACACUGUCUCCAGGAAUGGCGUCCGAAAAAUCGAAGAACCUGUCUCUGAUCAGUCUGCCAAAACGUCCUCUAUCCGCUUCAGGAUCACCUGGCACGCUGAGCUCAUGCAGUCCUCCAAAUAAGAAAAAGUACUUUUGGUUCAAUCACUCCGGCAGUAGCUCACCAUCGAUCACCCCCAAAAUUGAGCGGAGUGAUCCCAUGGAUGUUUUUGCGCCUCCCACUGCCAGUUUGCACGACCCGGGCAACGCACUCAGACCUCGAACCUCCUCAGGCGAGUCCAUCACAAAGAAGCGAAAAUAUCACACUUGGACAUCAGGAAUUUUCUCCAGAAAAUCAGAGAAGCGAUCCACCAAGACCAAAACACAAGAUCGGCCAGUUCCACCACCUCUCACAAGGACUCCAAGUGAUCGAUUGAAUGACAUUUUUGAUGCAGAUGAUACAAUCGUGAUUCGCAAUCCCUCACCUGUGGCAACUAGGGUUCGGGCUGCGGAGGAAACAUUAGCAACCUUGAGGGACUGGAGGUCAGGUCAUCACGAAGAACUGACUACCAGUCCGGCCAUCGAUCUGGAUGCCGCCCUGGGCCCUUUUGGAAGCGAAGAGAAGUUCGGACAAGAUGCUAAUGCCAAACAAGCUUCAAAGUUGGCAAAACUUCACAGCAGUGAACGCAGGGGACCAAUGGACGCUUUCGGUACGGUUCAUAGGAGGACCGAGUCAGCACCAAUUAUGCCCGCUGUCAAUCGCAACAUCUUCGGCUUACAUCAUAUUGGCAGCAAUGCUUCUCUUUCCGAAGAUGUCUUUGAUGAGGAGGAAGAAGACAAUUUUCUGGCCGAAGAAAAUGCCGCACAAAGCACCUCUGUGGUAGGUCGAAGUAAAGAAGAAUCUUCAGCCUCGCCUUCCCUGGGGUCUCCCAAUGCCAAAGUUGCCGAAGGCCUCGGUCUGUUCAUUCGGGACAACUCAAGCGACGGUGUCAUUAUCGUUGACUCGGAUGAGGACCUUGCCCGGGUCGAUGCGAGAUCCUCCAACUCAACCAUCGAGGCUCCAGUAUUCCAGGAUUUCGAACCUCGAAAGCGACCAAUGUCUUCCCCAAUGGCUUUCGCAUAUCCGGCACCCCAGUCAUAUUACGCCUCCUCCACGGACGGUCGCACAACUUCAGCUUCAAUGAUGUCUUCACCUGACGCUGACCAUAUCUCUUUCGAUGCCCUCUCCCGCCCGGCGAGGUUGCUAGGAGAACCAAGCCCGGACCUCAUCCUUCGUGCAUCCAACGAUGAUCUUCCGUCAUUGAGCGACAGUAUCUCCACCGGUGCCGUGCCAAGAUUCUCCAGUAGUGCAGGUACAAGAUCUUCUGUCGAGCAACGUUCGGCAUCCAUGAUCGACCCAUCUACUUCCAGAUCGAGCACUCAGCAGGCGUGGAAGCGUUCGAGCCUGGCUAGUCUCAAUCGGCUCAUUCCUGGCUCUUCCCACGGCAGCAAACUCAAGUUUGAAAGCAUCCCAGACAACAACGCUGCGGACGAACAGAGUAGGAAGAAAACGAACAGGCUAAGCAAGCUCAUGCUUUUCUGGCGAUCGAAAGAGAAGGGAGAGAAAUGA